AGGCGGAGUCGGAUGAAUCAAGAAUCGUGUACUGGAACUACAACCUUGUAUACCACUUACAAAAAGACUCGAUACCUAACACUUUUCAUCCAUCUCACCCUAAGGAUAUCGAGGAUCGAACAUGGCAAGGGAGACAUUAAAUACGUUGAAGUUAUGCCGGCGUCACAUGGCCCUGCUCCGUAGAAGUCCACAUCCAGUCACACAGCUGCUGAGCAGGUCCUUGAGUCUUCACAGGGCAGGGAAGAGUCGAGGGCUGUUGAAGAAAACUUUUCUCGGUGUAGCCAUCGGAGUUCCGGUAGUAGUGGGGCUUCAGUACUCUGUAUCAGAGCCUCGAGAAAGAAGGAGGCUUAAAAUUUUGAUAGAGGGUGUCGGCCGGUUCUGCAGGUCUAUACAUGUUGGACUCUCCAUCUCGUUAGAUUAUUGGUGGACAUCCAGUAUGACACUACGAGGCGUGGAUGAGAGCAGCCCAUCCUAUGAGAUGGAGAUGUCAGAGUGCCACCAGAGGGCAGCAAAGAGCAUGGUGGAUGGAGCUGUGAAGAACGGAGGGAUCUACAUCAAACUGGGUCAGGGGCUGUGUUCCUUCAACCACCUGCUACCGCCUGAAUACAUCCGUACCCUACAGGUCCUGGAAGACAAGGCCUUGAAUAGGAGGUACAAAGAGGUAGAUGCAUUGUUUCAGGAAGACUUUGACAAAUCCCCUGACCAGCUGUUCAAGAAGUUUGACUAUGAACCUAUAGCAGCAGCAAGCUUGGCUCAAGUUCACAAAGCAGAGCUGCAUGAUGGCACCACUGUGGCUGUUAAGGUGCAGUACAUUGACCUCAGGGAUCGAUUUGAUGGAGACAUCAGGACUCUGGAGAUCCUUCUGGAUGUUGUGAAGUUCAUGCACCCAAGCUUUGGAUUUCGAUGGGUCCUUAAGGACUUGAAAGGCACCUUGGCACAAGAGCUGGACUUUGAAAAUGAGGCCAACAACUCUGAGAGGUGUGCAGAGGAACUAAAACACUUUAAAUUCAUCGUCGUGCCCAAGGUUUACUGGGAGCAAACCAGCAAGAGAGUGCUGACGGCGGAGUUCUGCGAAGGCUGCAAAGUCAACAACGUGGAAGAGAUCCAAAGACAAGGACUGAGCUUGAAAGAUACUGCUGACAAAUUGAUUCGUACAUUUGCAGAGCAAAUAUUCUACACAGGGUUCAUCCACGCUGACCCCCACCCUGGCAACGUGCUGGUGAGAAAAGGGGCCGACAGGAAGGCAGAACUGGUACUUUUAGAUCAUGGCCUGUAUGACUACCUCAGUGAAAGUGACAGGGUAGCCCUCUGCAAACUGUGGCGAUCCAUAGUACUGCGAGAUGAAGCCGCCAUGAAGACGUACUCCAAUGUCCUCGGAGUGAAAGACUACUUUAUCUUCAGUGAGAUGCUGCUGCAGAGACCGAUCAACAUGAACAACUUUAACUUGUCCAACAUCUUGAGUCGGGAGGAGACUUCCUACAUGCGGGACAUGGCAGUCAACCGCUUUGAUAAAAUCAUGCAGGUGCUCAAGUCCAUGCCCCGCCCCAUGCUGCUGGUCUUUCGCAACAUCAACACUGUUCGGAGCAUCAACAUCAGUCUGGGGGCACCUGUGGACCGCUACUGUGUAAUGGCCAAGAGUGCCGUGCGAGGCUGGGGGAGACUUCAAGCAGAGAGGCCAGGGAUUCUGCCUCGACUCUGGGUGUUCAGCUGGAGUCGAAGUGUCUGGGAGAGCUUCAAAUUUGAGUGUGCCUUGAGGUCAGAGAUGGCCAUGAUGAGUCUGACACGGUCACUGCUGACUGUGCUCUCCUAUCUCGGGCUGGUGAAUCUGAAUGAGGAGGUUUACCAGUACCUUAGGUAGAAACCUUAUUGGACAACCAAACCAAAACCAAUAUUUUGAGCCAUCAACUUGCUUUAAUAGGUUACAUCAGUCAGUGGAAUGGCUAUGCAGAAGUGGUUUUACUGUCAUGGGAGUUGCCAAUUUGACUGAUGUAGGUUUACAAAUGGUGCUACAAGAUCUUGAACCUGCAAACCACCAAAUCAAUUCAGGUAAUGACAAUGAUGUCAUGAGUCAAGAGCACCAGCCCCCUAUCUUACAAGACUGAAAGUGAACAGGAUGUCAUUGAGCAAUGUUGGUCCAGCAGGAAUAUGCAUGGCUUAUUUAAAAUUAAAAAAACUUUUAUCAGGGCACUAUUUGUUUUUAUAUUCUAUAUUUUAUCAGAGUAGACUACUGUACAGUGUCAGAGAAUGGUAUACAUCUCUAAUCAUGCCAUUUUAUUUUGCAUUUUAUAUGCAGGUCAACCUUUUUAUUUUAAUUAAGAGUAACCAUAGUUAAUACAGUUAAAAUGAACGUAGGCAAAUGGAAUGUAUGACAAAUGUCCUGUACUGCAAGUGAACUAAUAAAAAUGUUUUUACCUCA